AUGGCUAACUUAAGUCUUCUAAAUUCCGAUCUUCCUACCGCAGAAAAAUUGCUUGUACAGACAAUACAUGAUUGCCUUGCUGCUGGUAUCGACCAAACCUCUCCCAUAAUAGCUGAAUUGUCCCUUAAGUUGGCUCUUGUAUACUCUCGUCUUGGACAGUUUGAUCGGGCCUUUGAGGGUUUUAAAUUCUGCACUUCUGCCCAAGAUGCCCUUAAUAUCGAUCUCACUAUUUCCAACAGUUCAAAUUCAGAAGAUUUGAAUGAAAAGAAAAAUAAAAUUGCCCUGAUAGGCAUGAUUUGCAAUUAUUUUUCCAAGUUUCUCUACGACCGUGGUGAAUACAACGAAGCAUUGAAAUAUUCUCAAAGGGCUCUUGAAGCAGCCCGUGUAAUCUACACAAAUGGUCAUUCGAAUUGUCUUUGCUUAAUGUCAGACAUUGCUGCUAUCCAAAUGCAUAUUCCAGAAAAACAAGAAAGCGUCAGAGACAUAUUGUUUGAGGCAAUUGAUCUAGUUAAAAGGCGGAUUAGGUCAGAUUUUUCCGCGUUCAAAUUUCCUUCUGAGGCAAACACUUCUCAGAAUUCCGAUUGUGUACAGCCACGUGAAAUACAAUCUAAUCAAAGUGCUGCUGAGCCAAAUGAUUUUAGUAGGAAGUCUCAUAUUGUCAAAAAGGUAUUUCAUUUUCUUUGCCAUUUUUAUGUCUGGUUGUUAUUUGUACUGUCAAAGUUAAUAAUCUUUACUAACAAUAAAGUAUAUAUCAUUCUAGUUUGA